AUGUUACGAGGAGGUUUACUUGUGGUGAUAGCCACAUGUGUCGCUCUCACAGCGGCUGUGGAGACUGACAGCAUCAAGGAAUUGUUGAAAAAGUUUGACUCCCGGUACUCAACUAAUGUGUUUGAAGAUGCAUCUCUAAAUGCGACGGAAUUGAUUACCAAAUACCGUUAUCCAGUUGAAGUUCACACUGUGACGACAGAAGAUGGGUACAUUUUGGAAAUGCAGAGAAUCCCUCACGGACGAGAUGCCAACAACAACCCGAAUCAGAAGCGACCCGUGGUGUUCUUGAUGCACGGACUGCUCUCUUCAUCCGCCGAUAUGGUCAUCAUGGGCCCAGGUUCCGGUCUUGCGUACAUUCUUGCUGAGGAAGGAUUUGACGUCUGGAUGGGUAACGCCCGAGGCAACACUUACUCCCGUAAACACGUGAGGCUCAAUCCCGAUGCUUUGUUGAGCACAGCAUUCUGGAAGUUCUCUUGGGAUGAAAUAGGCAAUAUUGACCUGCCUACUAUGAUCGAUCACGCAUUGAAAACAUCGGGACAAGAGAGGCUCCAUUAUAUUGGUCACUCACAGGGCACUACAUCUUUCUUUGUGAUGACUUCUCUGCAACCAGAAUAUAACAAAAAAAUCAUAUCAAUGCACGCAUUGGCUCCAGUGGCUUACAUGGCUCACAACAGAAACCCUCUUCUAAUGUUUAUUUCACCACACGCCAAUAACAUUGAAAACAUUGCUAAUUUAGUCGGCGUGGGCGAGUUCAUGACCAACAACGUUAUUUACUCGUGGGCGGGACAGGCUAUGUGCAGAGAUGAAGUUGUAUUCCAACCGAUAUGCAGCAACAUUUUAUUUUUGAUUGGAGGAUGGAACGAACAGGAACACAAUGCAACUAUGUUACCCGCUAUUCUUGGCCAUACGCCGGCUGGUUCAUCAUUGAGACAAUUGGCCCAUUAUGGACAAGGUAUCGCUGACAAGGAGUUCCGUCGAUAUGACCAGGGAUCUCGAAUGUCUAACUACAGAACAUAUGGUUCUUUCAAGCCUCCUCAUUACGACCUCUCCAAGAUCACGACUCCAGUGUUCCUGCAUUACUCUGACAGUGAUCCAUUGGCGCACGUCAACGACGUGGACAGGUUAUUCAGGGAACUGGGUAGACCCAUCGGCAAAUUCCGAGUUCCGUUGGCCAGCUUCAGUCACCUCGACUUUUUGUAUGGAAUCAACGCCAAAGAGUUACUUUUUAACAGAGUCAUUAAUCUUAUAAGAGCUAUGGAUGCUAACGCAUUCGACGAUUAAUAAAUUUGUAAAUGUAAUAUGUUUAUGAUGAGUUUCUUUGUGUUUAUACUGUUCAUUUAUAAAUAAACAACAAUCGUGCA